UGAUUGUUUGCCUUCCGCUCCAUAGAGAUGAGCAGCGCUACAGUGUUUAGAGCUCCAGCUCUGCUGUACAGAGAUUAAUCCGAAUUAAAACCGGAGCACAUGGAUAAGAAUAGUGUUUUAUAUUCUAUUAUGGGAUGUUUUACAGUAUUUAACCCUUUUCUCCAGUGAGAGCUGUGGGAUUAUGAGGAGUUUGGCUGAGCACCGGUACCAAACCCACCAAUCCCACCAAACUCUCCAAACCCAGAGCCAAAACAACAAUGAGCGAAUGGCAGCCGGACGAGGACAGCUAUGAGGCAGGGGGACGGAUGAGGACGUUGUCCUCUGCAGAUCUGAGGGAGUCUCCGCUCGGCUCCAGGUUCUCCAGAGACGAGCUGAUGCUGAGUGCUGGAGAUCUGGACGGGAGGUCGGAGGUCGGCAGCGGCAGGAGGUCCGGAGUGAGUCAGAACCACCGGUUCUCUGAGGACAGAACCAGUUAUGAGGACUCGUUGUCGGGGGAUAAGAAGCUGCUGUUGAAGACUCUGAUCGCUGCAGAAUCCGCCGCCACGUCCGCCGCAGUCCAGCUGGUGUCCUUCAGAGACAUCCUGGAGGAGGACUAUGACGACUCCAGGUGUUCGAGUGAUCGCAGGGUGAGCAGGCAGAAGGGAAUGUUACUGGAGAAGCUGGAGGUGUUUAAACGAAUCAAUGCCUCCGUCCGUCAACAACUUAAAGACUUCCUGCAGGAGGAGGCGUGUAGAACUGAGACUGAUGCUCAUAUAGAGGAUCUACUGAAGAAGCUCUCUCAGACCCAACGUGAUAACCAGGAUUUGAGGCGGAGUUUAGGUGAGAAGGAGAGGAAGGUGGAGGAACUGAUGACUCUGAGGAGGAGAGAAAUGGAGAACACGGAGUCGGUGGUGCAGCUCUCUCGCUCAGUGGAUACGACUCGAGCUCACCUGCAGGGUCAACUCCGAAACAAAGAGGCAGAAAACAACCGGCUGACGGUGCAGCUCAGGGGUCUGGAGAGGACGGUGGCGCAGCAGAAGCUGGAUCUGGAGGAUCUCCGGGUUCAGAUUGACGGUGUUUCUGCUGCAGCUCUGGAGGAGAAGGAAGCUCUGAAGAAAGCGAUCAGAGCUCAGAAACAGAGAGCUGAGAGAUUCGAGACCGCCGUGGAGAAAUGCUACCAGCAGCUCCGAGAGAAGGAUGUGAAGAUGGCGGAGGUUCGGGCUGAGAGAGAUAGGUGGCGCUCUCAACAGGAGUCCGUUACAGAGGAGAGAGUCCGACUGGACGCUCAGAUCACUGUACUCAAAGAUGAGGUAUCAGUGCUGAGUGCGGAGCUGCAGAGAGAGAGACAGGUGGUGAGGGGAGCAGGUGAUCUGCUGCUGCAGAAGGUGGAGAAGCUGAACAGUGAAAACGCUGAUCUGAUCCUCCAUAACUCCACCCUCAGGGCUACUGUAUCUGAACUGGAGGAGAAACUGCAGGAAUCUCAGGCAGCGUUUCACAAUCAGACCACUCUAGCUGAAGAGAGAAAACGACAGGUGGAGACAUACCAGAGCCAGGUGGCGGAGCUGCAGGUGGAGGUGAUGGAGCUGAAGAUUAAGCUGGAGAGUCAGCUUCAGGAGACACGGGAGCUCCGGGAGGGAAGAGACGCUGAGGUUGCUCAGGUAAGGGAGGGUUUGGAGGUGAGGUUACGGGAGCUGUAGUCGUACCCUGAGCUUCUUCAGGUGGCGGAGCAGAACCUGGAGCUGAGCCAGGAGCAGAUCCGGCGCCACCAAGGCACCAUCGCCCACAAGACAGAGACCAUCUCCCAGCUACAGUUCAAGGUUGAGGGACAUGCUGAGAAACUGAGGUCGUCUCUGGAGGUGAAGGAGACGAUGAAGGAGAACAACACUCAGCUCCAGCAGAAACUGGAUUCCCUGCAGAAGAAGCUGGAGGAGGUUCAGUGUGAGAAUCAGGAGCUGAUCUGCAGGUUGAGUGGUCAGGAGGGGGCGCUGCAGUACAGCAGUGUUCAGUUGGAUCAGCGCUCGGCUGAGUGUGAGGCUCUCCGCCGGCAGCUAGAGGGCGCUCUCACCGACGUCUCUCAGCAGGUGUGUAAGGUGAAGGAGAAGGCUUCCUCCAGGGAAAGUUCUCUGCAGGUUCGGAUUCAGGAGCUGGAGAACGAAAACAACCGACGAGAAAACGAAUUGAAGCAGCUCAGACUCACCAAACUCUCAAGUGAGAAGCAGUUUGAGAUGCGUCUGAAGGAUCUUCAGCUCAGUCUGGACCAAUCAGAAAGCCAUAAGCAGAGCAUCCAGAACUACGUGGACUUCCUGAAGAACUCUUACGCCACCAUGUUUGAAGAUCCUCAGCCGUCGACCUACGGGUCCUCAUACUACCUGAAAUAAUACUCACACCUUCAUAAUCAGAUUAUUACCAUACUCAUCAGAUUACUCAAUCUGUACACAAUGUUCAGGUUUUACAUGAUGUUUACAUCACGUCUUAUUCUGUGAUCUUAUUGGCUGGAUGCAAAACAAAAAUCUGAUUAUUGUCUGAUUAAUGUAAACUCUGAGUUUACCUAUUAGCUGAUUACAUAAAUUCAUGUAAAUGCAUUAAUCUGAUUAUUGAAAGAUUGCGAUAUUGCACAGUAAUCAGAUUAUGAAGUUUAUGUAAAUGCGUACAGAUUGUGAUAUUGCACAGUAAUCAAAUUAUGAAUUUCAUUUUAAUACGUUAAUCUGAUUAUUAAGAGACUGCGAUAUUCCACAGUAGUCAGAUUUAUAAACUUCAUGUAAAUGCGUUAAUCAGAUUAUUGACAGACAGAUAUUCAAUCAAUCAAUCUACCUUUAUUUUCACUCUGUAAAUCAUUUUUAAUGCAGCUGAGCUUUUACAAAAAUAAAGAGACUAAAAAAUGUUUGUUUAAAUGAUAAAAACAAGAAAACAAUAUAAGAUUUAAUUUAGAGGAAAUAAAAUAAUCCAGAAUAAAACGAUAUGCAAACAGGCUUAAAUGUAAAGCAAUAAAUUAAAGAGAUAAAUAACUAAAGUCAAAGUCAAAGUCAAAGUGGUUUUUAUUGUCAUUUCAGCUAUAUACAGAGUACACAGUGAAA